ACUUAGUACUUGAGCGUGGAGUUUGGAGUCUGCCCUCCUCUCCGAUAAAACAUAAUAGGAGAAGCUUGGACUUGCUCUGCCUUUCUUUUUUUGGCCCUUUAGAGCCACUUCAGCUGCUGACUCCUUUUUUUUUUGUCUGUGUCGGUUUUUUAUUCUUCUGGCUGCAGAGAGAGGACACACAAUGUUAACUCUGGUUGUGUUCUUGCUUUGUACAGCCUCCUGUGUCUCAGCUUCUGCCAAAGGUGGUGCUGCUGGACCCCGGCUGAACAACAACCAGCUGUACAAAUUCAGCUACACCACCGAGGUGCUGGUGGACAGGGCCAGGGGGUCAAAAGAGGGCAGCACUGGCUACAGGAUCUCCAGCGAUGUGGACGUCAACCUAGUCUGGAGAGAUCCCAGCAGCAAAGAUGACCAACUGAUUCGACUGGUGAUCUCGAAUGUGAGGAUCGACCCUGCAUCCCGUCGAUCAGAGAAAAAGAACAUCCUCCAUGGAUCCACAGCAGAAAGUGUUUUGGGAAAGACCAAACUAGCAGCUCUGAUGAAACCUUUCUUAUUACAUCUGAAAAAUGGAAAGGCAAAAGCAUUUUAUUCUUACUGGGCUGAACCUGCAACCAUCAAGAAUCUUAAAAGAGGGCUGGCCAGCUUACUGCAAGUACAACUCAAAACUGGGAAGGUUAUAGAGAAUGAUGUGUCUGGAAGGUGCACAGUGGACUACAAAGCAGUCAAAGGUCAAGUGACAAGAACCAAGAUCCUGGACACGUGUAAAACACCAGAGACCGGAUUCACCACACACAGUCAGGUUUUGGGUGUGAGCAGGAAGUCAAAUUCUGUUACAGUGUUCACACUCGAAGAUGGUUUCAUUGGCUCGGCCGUGGCUGAAGAAAUGCACUCACUGGCUGUUAACGCCCGCAGAUCUGCUGCUGCUAAAGUUGUGUCCAGACAAACCCUCAAAUUGGUAGGGACUGAGGCUGGACCGCUGGAGGCUGCUGGGAAAGAUAUCGCCGGGGUUGUCAAGUCAAUUGAUGCCAAACUGGCAGCUGUUGGUAUUGUGGCGGAGAAGGUCAAAUCCCAGUGCAAGGGAUGUCCAUCACUUUUUGAACAUUGGCAGGCUCAACAGAAGCAGCUGGAGCCAGCGAGCCUGUCCAAAGCCACGGCUCCUCGCAGCUUCCUGGCCCUCAUCCAGAGCAUUAGGAAGGCAUCCAAGGACGAUAUCCUCAAAGUGCUGAAGAGUGCCAGCAAGACAUCUCUACCUCAGGUGGUGGAUGCUGUGACUUCCUCCCAGACCGCUGCAUCUCUGGAUGCCAUGCUCGAAUUCCUUAAUUUCACCGAUGCCAAAAGUUUCGUUCUGCAGGAGAGGUUUCUCUAUGCAUGUGGUUUUUCUUCACAUCCCAAUGAGAGGAUGCUCCAGGCUCUGCUGGAUAUUUCAAAGGGAAAGAUCGGCAGCACUGACAUCAAAGAGUCAGUGGUGAUCAUUAUGGGAGCCCUGGUCCAUAAGCUAUGUCAGAAAGGAGGUUGCAACUUACCGGCGGUGGUGAAGGUGAAGAAACUGAUUUUAGAAGGUCCCGACAGCACAAAGGUCGAGUCCGAGGUCCAGAUGUAUCUUCUGGCACUAAAGAACUCUUUGCUUCCUGAGGCAAUUCCCAUCUUUACCAAAUACGCAGAGUCAGAGGUGGGAGCUUACAACACCAUCUCCCUGACUGCUCUGCAGAGAUAUGAUGUCAAUCUCAUGACCAAUGAGGUGAAGCUGACGGUGAACAGAGUUUACCACCAGAAUCGACGGAUCUAUGAGAAAAACGUGAGAGCUGCCGCCGCUGACGUCAUCCUCAGUAGCAACCCAUCAUACGUGGAGGUCAAGAAUCUGCUUCUGUCAAUCGGAAACUUGCCUUAUGAAAUGAACAAAUACAUGCUGUCUAAGAUCCAGGACAUCCUCCGCUUCCAGCUGCCUGCCAGCAAAGUUAUACAACAAGCUAUGAAGGACAUGAUUUCCCACAAUUAUGACCGCUUUGCAAAGGUUGGAUCAUCGUCUGCCUACUCUGGAUUCAUGGCACAAUCUGCCGAUGUGACCUCCACAUACAGUUUGGACAUCCUGUAUUCAGGCUCUGGUGUCCUGAGGAGAAGUAACAUGAAUAUUUACGGUGCUAGUAACGGAGCAAUGCUACAUGGACUGCAGGUUGCAAUUGAGGCUCAGGGUCUUGAGUCGCUGAUUGCUGCCACCCCCGAUGAGGGAGAGGAAGACCUGGAGUCAUUUGCUGGAAUGUCGGCUCUGCUGUUUGACGUGCAGCUGCGACCUGUAACCUUCUUCAAGGGUUACAGCGACCUCAUGUCCAAAAUGUUCUCCAUGUCUGGGGAGCCCAUGAAUGUAGUGAAGGGCCUGAUCCUGCUGACUGAUCACUCUGAGGUGAUCCAGCUGCAGUCUGGUCUGAAGGCGAGUGCAGAGUUCCAAGGAGGGUUGGCUAUUGACAUCUCUGGAGGCAUGGAGGUCAGUCUGUGGUACAGGGAGUCCAAGACCAGCGUCAACAACAGGGGAGCGUUAGUUGUCACUGGAAAUGUUACAGUGGACAUGGACUUCAUGAGAGCGGGUGUGGAGGUCAGCUUCGAAACAGAAGCGUCACUGGACUUCAUCACCACCGUCCAGUUUUCUGAAUAUCCCUUCCUGGUAUGCAUGCAGAUGGACAAAACUACCUUCCCCUUCAGUGAGUCCGUGAGCAAGUACGAGAGCUUGUCAUCAGGGAAGAGCAUCGCGUCGCACAAGAGCAAGAAGCAGCUUGUCCCUGGCUCUGAAUUCCCUCUUCACCAGGAGAACUCAAACAUGUGCAAGAGGGUUUUUGACUCCAGCUGGUAGAAGAGAUACAAUGAACUAUCCAGGAACAAGUUCUUAUGGGCCGAGUAUUGUAACUCAAAAGAGGGUUUAUUGCAUUCAGGGACAGCUAUCACACCUCAGCUUUAUGCAGUGAAACACUGUAAGAGAGAGAAGUUGUGAAUUUUUUUUUUUUUCUAACAACACAUGCAAUGUUUACAUUCCUGUGAGUAUUUAAGUCAUUUUAAUUUGACAUUUUGUUUUGAAAUAUAGAAUUCUUUUCAUGGAUUUCCUUGAAAAUGUAUUUAUGAUGGGCACACACAGGAUGUACGUUUUAUUUGAUAGGUAAUACUCAGCAUGAAUAAUACCACUGUAAUUCCCCCCCAACAUAGUUACAGCAAAUAUGUACAUGUAACUGUGACGCUGCAAACACUGGAUUCACUUCCCCCCCCAUGAAUAGAAACGCUCCUUCCUGUCAACAUUCCUUUGUUUUUUUAAAUAAAUAUGUUUUCUGAGGAGAAGCCAUUUUUUGUUUUAUGUCACCGUAUCACUGUUCACACACUUGAAAUAACUUAUUAAGCAAAGUAAUACCAAUUAAUUCCAUUUUUAUAAUCAUGCAGACGAUUUUUAAUUGUUCCUAUGGAGACAAUGACUGCAUUGUCUCAGCUUUGUACUUUGCAAGAUCUGAGGUGAAAAUCGAGUCCAUCAACGCUUGAAUAUAUUUUUUGUACACGGCUGUAAUUGCUGUUUGUCUGUGAACAUUUGGGUAUUUUUAAAACUUCUCUGAACUUUUUCACAUUUAGGGAUCAGUUUGUUCAAUCUGUAAUUGGCUGACAAUAAAUGUGCACUGUCAAUGCUUCUGA